AUGGGUAAUGUUUUGUCGGAUCCCUCUUCCUAUCGUCGCCUGGUUGGCCGUUUGAUAUGUCUUACUGUUACUCGCCCUGAUAUUGUUCAGGCCGUUAAUAUUCUAAGUCAAUUUAUGCACCAACCACGGCAACCCCAUCUUGAUGCUGCCCAUCGAUUACUUCGAUACUUGAAGACUACACCAGGACAGGGCUUGUUUUUUUCGGUAGACUCUGAUCUCCACCCAUGGGCUUACUACGAUUUUGAUUGGGCAAGUUGCCCCAUGACACAUCGUUCCACUACUGGAUAUUGUGUUUUGCUUGGAUCAAGCUUAGUCUCUUGGAAGACUAAGAAACAACAUACCAUAUCACGUUCUUCAGCUGAAGCAGAAUACCGUGCUAUGGCUAAUGCUACUUGUGAGCUCACAUGGCUUAUGUCUCUGUACCACGACAUUGGUCUUGAAUGCUCUCUUCCUAUUCCUUUGCACUGCGAUAGCCAGGCGGCCCUCCAUAUUGCCGCCAAUCUCAUUUUUCACGAAUGA